AUGGUGGUUGCAGGGAGCGGGAAUGAUGAUGACGAGGACCUGUCAUCGCCUGUGGCGCGGCGGGGCCCGUCCAGCAUGAGCUUCCUGCAGACGCAGAGCGGCAACAUGCAGGGCGUGGGAAAGCAGGCUCUAUAUCGGCGCGCUGUGUCCUCGGCCAAGCGCGAAGACGGCAACGCCGCCAUCAACACCCUGACCGAGACCACCCUGCUGGACGCCCUCGCGGCCAAGGAGAAUGAGAGGGGGGAUGUGAGGGAGCUGAAGCAGGAGCUGUUGGCGCUCAUGCUGGCCAUGCACCAGCGCAUACAGAGCCUGGAGACACUGCAGGACCAGCAGAACUCGGCCAUCCAGGACUUGAUGAAGGGCCUGGCAGCCUCGACAGGCCAGGAAGCCGGCCCUGAAAUAGACAGGCAGCCCUUCAUCAGCGGCACUUUCGAGUAUGGAAUGGGCCGGCCGGCAGCAAAGCGGAAGAUAUACUUGUUUGCCAACAAAGCGCAAGAUCAGGAAGCGCUCACAGCCGCCACGGUGCAGUUCAUGGGAGUGUUCAAGUCGGACAAGCGGGGAAAGCUGAACAGUGUGCCGGUGCCGCUCAAGAUAGCAAACACGCCUGGGCACUACUCGAUCGUGGGUCUGCUCCCAGAAGACCACACCUUCAGCAAGGGGUCCCUCUUCAUCCUUGCUCCAGGCACCAAGUGUGUCAUCUUCGACCUUGAUGUCUACUACAGCGUGGGCAACUUCAAGGUGGCCUACAUGGAGUCGCUGAAGGCCAAGGGGCUGGAGCUCUUCGCUGCCUAUGGCAACACAGGCACAGACGCCAGAGCCUAUGCUGCUGCAGGCAUCCCAAAGGAGCGCACUUUCAUGGUGGGGCCGCAUGGCGGCAAGUGGGACACUGUCAAAGUGGACAACUUCACAGACCACAUUCCGGACAUCUUCAAGUUCCCAGACGCGGAGGUGCCCAUCCCAUACACAGAGCUGCUCAUCACCGCCGUUCCAGGCUACAAGAAGGUGGCCAAAGCCACCACAGACUCAGUGGAGGAUCCGGACGCCACUCUGAGCGUCAGCGACUCAGCAGACGUCGAGGAAGAUGACAACGAUGACUCAGAUGCUGACGAGGCCACCUCAGGCCCUCCUACAAGUAAUGCUCCUCCUGGGAACGUGCACUUGCAUGCCUGGCACCGCUCCACUGCGUGGAGCAGUAAAUAG